UCCCCAACGAUGAAGCGAAAGGCCACGCCGCUCCCCAACGCUUCCAAACGCCCUCCCAGGCAGGAUCCCGUUUCGUGCGACUCAUGUCGCACCAAGAAGAUCAAAUGCGACCGCCAGCAGCCCUGUAAUAGCUGCUUGGCGCGGCGGUUGCCCUGCAGUUAUGAGAGACCUGGUCCGAGGACUGGGUCUCCUGCUCCAUUUCAAGGUCCAGCUGCACCUCUCCAGCAUGGUUCGGUGGACAGCUCUGUCGACAGAAGAGAUCGCGUCCCUUCCCAGCCCGCAGGCCAGUCGCGCAACAGAGAAUCCGUCCUCACAGCCGACUGGCUGGAGAACAUCCACAUGGCCGACCGCGUCGCAGCAGCGACCCCGAAAUGGCUGCGCGACGAGAUGACCGAGUCUGGGGGCGGACGAACCCCCGAUCAAGCCGCCCCCUCGGCGGCGCUGCUCUCCAGACCGUACAUGAACAAAUCCGCCACGAGCGAAAACCCAGCAACGGUCGGGCUGACCUCCUUCCUGCCCACCAAGACCGAGACCCUCGAGCUCUUCCGCUACUACCACCGCUACGUGGAAUACCAGUACCACAUCUUGAUCCCGCAGCGGGUCGAGGAGCAGAUCAACGGCAUCUACCGGUGUGUGGACACCGGCUCAUCCGUCGACUUGAACCAUCUGGCCCUGCUGUUCAGUAUCCUGGCCAGCUCGCUGUACCUGCAGCUGUCCCUGGAAUCGUCCGUAGAUGCGGAAGCAUGCAGCCGGGAGUUCUCGUUCUUGACUGGCGCUGCGCUGAUCCAGAGCCACUACCCGGCUUCUCCCACGCUGGAAGGCCUGCAGGCUACCUUGGUUGUGGUGCACAAUCUCUCGAACUGGAAUAUUCCGCCAUCCGUGAGUAGCCUGUUUACGCACGGUGCGUUGGUCAGCCAGGCGAAGAAUCUUAUGCUUCAUUGCAUUGACUCGCCCCGGCUGCGGGACGCGGGCCCGCAGGAUGAGACUGAGUUGGAGCCGAGGAGACGGCUGUGGUGGGAUCUGGUAUCUUACGAUUGGCUGGUGGGCUUCCUGACAGGCCCGCAGGAGUGGACGUAUCAGAUCCAUCCGGAUCAGAUGAACGUCAACCAACCCUCAAACGUCGACGACGCCGCACUCGGGACAGUAUCGCAGCCAGAAUCAACACCAACAGAUAUGUCUUUCGCGCUCCAGCGUCUCAAACUAUCUUUGAUCUGCCGGGAAGUCGUCGACGCGACCUCCCACGAACACCUUCACGGGUUAGAAGUCAGCUACGACAAGAUCCUCUCCCUGGACCGCAAAUUCCACCAAGGCCAGGCCUCAAUCCCGGAAUUCUUCCGUCUCGACCCGACCUCUCGACGACGAUUCGCAUCCCUGUACGAAGCGCGCCCAACCAUCGCCUGGCAAGGCUGUCUGCUGCAACAGGGCUACUUCUCACGACUGUGCCGCCUACACCGCGACUUCUUCAUCCGAGGGGCCCGAGAACCCGCCUACUCGUAUUCCCACGUCAUCUGCCUGCAGUCCGCGCGCAAGGUACUGGAGAUAAAGCGGAUCAUGGACGGCAGCGGGCCGAGCCACACGCCACCCAACUCGGUGGUGUGGUCUGUCAUGCACCAUGUCUUCAUGGCUGCGGUGAUCUUGUUGCUGGAUAUAUGCUUCAACUGGGAUGAUAUCCUGGCGGAGAAGCGGAAAGAGGAGGUGCUGGAUGCGUGUCGCAUGAUGAACAAGGCGCAGGAGUCGUCUUCGCUGGUGAAACAGGGGAUCACGGCGAUGAUGGGUGUUCUGCAGAGGCAUUGGAAAAGCGGGAAGCAUCCGGAUGGGCAUCUAUCUGAUAGUGGAGUUGAGACGGGUGGUGUUCCGGGACCAGAUCACCCGGCUACGAUAGAUUUAUGUGAGGACGCAGAGCGAUUCACUGCCCCGGAUCCAUAUACCGUGGCCGGGGAUAGACAGCUAGAGGACAUUUUUUCCGAGCUGCUCGAUACCGGGAAUGAGCUUGCCCUGGAGAGCACGGAUUGGACGGACUUGCUGAAUGAGCUGACGGAGCCGGGUUUUCAUGGUUGAGCUGUUGAUAAUACGGUGUCCUACGUGAUAGGUA